AUGCAAAUCUCGGGCUUGUCAUUUUUGUGUGUGCAGCUGAUGGUCAUAUUAGCGGCAGAGGCAGACACUGGCAAAGAAAAGAAAUUACAGAUUGGCAUUAAGAAAAGAGUUGAUCCUGAGAAAUGCAAGACAAAAUCAAGGAAAGGAGAUGUUCUUCACAUGCACUACACAGGAAGGCUUGAGGAUGGUACAGAGUUCGAUAGCAGUCUUUCUCGCAAUCAGCCUUUUGUCUUUACAUUGGGAACUGGACAAGUGAUCAAAGGAUGGGAUCAAGGAUUGCUGAAUAUGUGUCAGGGGGAAAAGAGAAAACUAGUAAUCCCUGCAGACAUGGGGUAUGGAGACAGAGGCUCACCUCCAAAGAUCCCAGGUGGUUCAACUCUAGUCUUUGAAGUGGAACUGCUGAAAAUUGAGCGCAAGGAAGAACUGUAG